GUAAUUUCCUGUUUCCUUAUAUAUCUAGUAUUGUAACUACAUUUUAAAUAAUAUAAAUAUAUGAAAAUGCUUAAUUUUCUGUAGUUAUUUAAAAUACUUGAUUUGUCCUAGUAUUGUGCUACGUUAAUUUUUUAAAAAUUUGUAGUGAAAUUUUGAAUAUCCAGGUUGUUUCUGCUCGUCUGUUUUCAACAUGGUCUCCAAUCAAAAACGUAUGAGAUACGUUUCAGACGAUGCAAGCUCUUCUGAUGAAGAUUCAUAUGAAGACUUCGAUUAUCAGUCAAAAAAAGAAUAUCCUAAUUUUCAGAAUGAUAUGUUCGAACAAAUGUCUCAAAGAACGCGAAGAAAGCCAAGAUGUAUGUCAAAAAACGCUUUAAUAGCAAGAGAAAACCGCUUAAAAAAGAAACUUUACGUUAAUAAACUCGAAAAAGAAGUAACGAAUCUUAAAAAUGACAAUAAAAAUCUAACAUCAGUUAUUAAUAAACAAUCAAAUUUAGUGAUGGAAUUAAAAAGAGAAAUUAAAUAUUUGAAAAGUGUUAUAGCUAAUAGUGGAGACAUUAAAAACUUGAUAAGGAAUAUUCAUAAUACAACAGGUAUGUCAGUAUCCUCUUCAUUGGAUAAAAAUUUGUCAUUGAAAACUGUUUAUGUUCCAAAGAUACCACUCUCAGAUGAAAAAAACGAAAAUAUUGAAGAAUUUCCGAAUUUGGAUAAUAUAUUAGGGGAUGAUAUUAAUUUAAAUAUGGGUUGGUGUGGUAAUAUACCAGAUUUUCCUUUAACCACUCCAGAUUCUGUGAGUUUAAAAGUAGUGUCUCCUUCAAAUUUAGAAGCCGAGCAUAAUUAUACGUCACAAGCAGAUAUUGAUGAUGUGGGAGUUUGUUUGCAUGUUUCGAAGCACAGAGUUUCCUUGGAGUUUUGUUCAAAUUGUAGUGAGAAGGCAGAAGAAUCCUGGGAUCAUCUUUAAAUAAAUGGCCCCGGCUGUGGAUAUGAGUGAGGCGGAAGGAUAGCAGACUUAACCUUCUUGUCUCAAUUUCUUAAGGUGGGAAUAUUUGUAGUAUCAAACUCCUGGAUGCCAAAUCAAUAUUUGAAAUUAAAGUUUCUGAUAUUUCACUUACUACAUCUUAUUUCAAAAUAACAAAUGUUUAAAUAACGAAUUAAUCAUAUUCGGAGUUCAAAGGUACAUAUUUUCGUGAAAAAUCUUUUAUAAACGGAACAUUUUUAUGUUUAUUUUGUUUUUCACUAGAAAUAAAAUAUUUGAGAAUUUUAAGAAAAUUUUUUUAAUUGAUAUUGAAAUUAAUAAAGAAGUAGGUGGGUCGAAAUUGACAACAAGAGUUUGUUUGUUAUCUACAUGUCCCACAGUAAUUGUUAUCGUGAAUAUCUAUAAAAACGCUGAUUAGUAUAUAUUUUUUUCAUUUUCUUGAAAUUAGUUAAGUAUAAAAUUUAGACAGUUUUAUAAAUAUUUUAAAUUGAUAAUUUCAGUUUUUUAGUUGAUAAUAAAAACAAAUAUUUAAUUUUAAUUUUAAAACUUUACUUACAAAAGUAUGUUGCUAAGUCCGACAAGGAUGUAACCAAACUUGGGCCCUUGGAAUUGUUCUUCUACGUGGCUCAUAAUUUAAAUUUCGAAAUUCAAUAAAAAAGUAUAAAUUUUUGAUAAACUGUUAACCACAGCAAUCAGUCAAAUGCAAUCUAGAGCAGAAACAAGAAAAUAAAUUUCGCCAAAACUAGUUCUCUCAGAAUCAAACUAUACAGGGGCUGUUUCAGAAUAAUUAUUACAUGCUUAUUUCAUUUAGGGAGCACUAAUCAAUGAAAAAAAAUAGGAAGGCAUGCUCUAAGCUUACUGUUUUUUCUUCUGAAUCCAUAAUCCAAACAUUUAAUUAUCGAAAACAAUUCGUUCUCACAUAAUCCAACUGUACAGGGACUGUUUCAGAAUAAUUAUUACCUACUUAGGGCAUUCAGAAACGCUUCAUUGGAUAAAUAAAUUAGAAGCCUUUCGAUUCUUUUUGUGAAUCAUCCUCAGGCAUUCAUUUAUUGGAACCUGUUAGUUCUCACAUAAUCAAACUACAGGGGCUGUUUCAGAAUAAUUAUUACUGCUACUUUUCUUCCUCAAUAAUAAUCUGAACUGGUCUCAUUCCCUAGUAAUUUUUUCUGAUACUUGUAUUCCUAAGUAAUAAACUGGACGUUUGGUGGUUUCACUGUCUUUCAUGUUUUACUGAUCAUUGAAUUCUGUAACUAGUAACUGAGCAUUGAUUUUUGUUGCAUAGCCACUAUAAGUUUAUAUUAAAUUCUUGUGCCGAACGAAAGAGGAUUUGAAAAAUUAAAUGUUGCUUUAAUCCAACAAAAUCUAAGUGGAAAAUUGACAAAUUAAUAUACUUUAGAUAUUGGUAGUCAUCAUAUAACUGCUAUUAUUAUUAAUUAACGAAAUAGAAAAAAAAUUGAUGAAAAUUUAUGACAUGUUACACUUAUGAAAAACAAACAUUACCCCAAAGUUAGGGGAGAAAUAACACAACGUUGGUUAAUAUAUUUUCAAUACAAAGGGUGUUAAAAUUGUUAUGGGGGUUAAAAAUGAUUAUUGUGCGACAUAAAAGUGAUUCGAAUAUUAAGAACAAAUUUUUUUUCAACGUCACUAUCAAUUAAACAAAAUGUUCUUUAAUACAAAUAUCGAAAUGGCAUUUAGGUAGUUAAUUCACCACUUCUUUGUCUGAAACACUGUAGUAUUAUAUUUGAUUUAAUUUCAGUCGUCAACUAAGCUCCUUGAUAUGGCUGAAAUCAUGAAAAGAUAAGUAUGAUCAAAAAGUUGUAUCGUUCCAAAUAAUUAUUUUUUUUUUCAAAUUAACAUAUUUAUAUAUAUCAGAUCAAUUUUUUAUUAAAAGCAUUCGGUUUUGUUUUAAAUUUCAGCUCGUCGAUUAUUGGCGACAUGGAGGUAUUCAGGAUUAAAGUGUAGUUAUUAGGAUAAUAUUCUAAGCAGGUAUGUUGAUAAACCGUGUAAGGAAAGAGUCCAUACAAAAUAAUAUUUUUUUUGUAAAAUGUAUUAUUUUUUACAGUAGAACCUCGAUAAGUUGUAAACCAACGGUAAGCGUUGAAUAAUUUGUUCAAAUCGAGCGAGGGUUAUAAGCUAGGGGGUAUUUUUGUUUAUUUUUUUAUAUAAAAGAUUUUCUUUUGAACCUUGCUAUGAUAAAAUUGUAUCCCCUAAACCUGCAAACCUAAUAUAAACCUAAGAACUAUCAGUCACUGUAUAGUAUAUGGUCUUUUGAGCGUUUUAUAAGUUUAUAACCGACUCGAAGCACCAGAUAGUGAAUCAUCAUCGUCUCAUAGCUUCUAGUGGAGCAAAGGGUAUCUGUAAAACAAUUAAAUCGAUUUGACCGUUUCUGUAGCAUCUUUCCAUGUAAACUUUAUCUGUUCAUCCCUAUGUUCAUACAUACAGGUUUUCUUUUACCUGUUGUAUGACCCAUCCAUUUCCCAUUUUCUCUUCGUAAUCGUUACACCCAUUUUAUUUUCUUCAGUUAUGUUUGAAAUGUUUUAUUAUUUUUCUUGUUUGACUAAAAAAUUUUGUUUAUAACUCGUUGGUAUCUGAACGAUUGAAUUUUCUGGAACAUCUUUUUAUUAUACAGUGGGUGAUCGUUUAAUAAACUAUAUCCAUUUACCAUAUAUGGUAAUUUGAUUAAUUCUUCAGUAAUUUUAUUUUCUCUCUUUUAGGACUUUCAAGAAAUAAUUGAUAACAAUGUCGUUGUAGAGAUCAGCAACCAUAUUGACAUCAGAUUGGUUUGGGUGCCAUUUUAAAACCGUUCACUUCAAAAGAUUUUUAAUAGCAUUUGUUUUCAUCUUUUUCAGAAGAAAACACAUUUCGUUGAUCUCUUGGUGUUCUUCAUUCAAUAUUUCAUGGGGUUAUUAGAAUCUCAUCUAUAAUUCCAGGGCUGUCACCCUGAUCACCACCUUUUCCUUGAACGAAAGGAUGGACACAGCUUUCGCCAGGCGGAAACCAACUAUUGUUGAUUGAUUUCUGACAUAUAGCUUUGGGAAUGUGAAAUUUUUUUCUAUCCAUAGUCAUUUUUGUGUAGAGUCGGCAUGAUUCAAAACAGCGCAGGAGUGUACAAUUUCUUGAAACCUGCAGUAACUUCUUGAUCCAUUGAUCAUUGAUCCAAGUCGUAUACGGAGGUAAAAUUUGCACUAUCAGUCAAAGCAAAUUCUCUUUGAGGUCCUUUGGGUACCCAGGUCGUUGUCCAAUAGCAGCAAUGCUUUCAAUGGUAUCAUAGUAUUCCUUGAUGCCAACCUUCAGUCUCUGAAGAUAAUGACUUGGUUAUCGAAACGCACGUGCGUUGGUCUAGUGGUAGUGUAGACAGUGUUCGGUAGCAUACUAGCAGACUUACCACGCGUUUAAUGCCAGAUCUUUUAAAUUUUGAGUUCUAGAUUGGGUUUUCCAAUUUUUCAAAAAUUUCUCUGAAAUCAAUGAUGUUUUAUCAUUCAUCCAUUUUCAGGAGGAAUUGAGGACUGGUGUCGACUGUUUGAAGGUUUUCGUUAGUAUUAGUUUUUGUUUCUUGUCGGAAAAUGCAAAAAUCUAUCUAGAAAUGAUUGUUUUGAAUAAAUAUUGAUCCCGCCUUGAAGUUAGAGUUGUUACUCCUUCAUCUAUUUCAUUAAAAUGUAGUUACCUGUGAAAAAUUCAUCGUUUUAACAAUAAAAGUAUAAUAUUUUAGUUAAAAUCAAAACCGCUCAAUUUCUUAUAGUUUCAUAUGAAUUGAUUUCGGUUUAUAUUGUCCUCUUUUUGUCGGCUCCUUCUGUUUUUGGUUACUCCUGUAACUUCUUUCCAUUUUAUCGGUUGCAGUUGGUUCUUCUUCAUAUUCAUACAGUUCUGCCUCUUUCUUUUACCUAUUUACCUUGAAUGCUUGUCGGGUUAUGUUUUGUGGCCGGUUUUUGUAGUUACAAUACUUUUAGAGGUUAUGGUUAUUGAGGUUCUAUUGGAUAUGUUCCACUUAACGUUUACAAUCCGUUCUGGUAAAAUAUUUAUGAAAAGAGAAUUGGAACGCAUAUUUUAAGGUUAAAUACAGUGAUUUAGUUACCAGGUACAGUUUGUAAUAAAUAUUUAACGUGGAAAUUUAAUUCAACAUGAUUUUCCGUGAAAUUAUAAUUGGAUUUACACUUCAUCGACAGUUUCCAUAAAUUUUCAUUAUAUUUUGGGACGCGAUUGAGAACACUGUAGUCGCGAUGACCAUGGGCCUUAGGUGGGACGGUACUAAGGGUGUUAUAAUUAUUGCGGGCGUUAAGUGGAACGUACCUCUCAUAUUAUUGGAUUUAAUUAUGAGGAUAUGCGUCGUUAUAUGAAUAUUAAAAGAAUUAA